AUGGGAUUGGUCAAGGUUGAAUAUUCGUGGAGCCGAACAUAUCGAUUGAAAUUACAGAAUUUAAUUCAGUUGGUAUUUUUGGCUGGCGUUAAGGAGUCGUUUGCAAGUGCCUUUGUUUGUAUUUUGUGUCUAUCCCUAUUUACCCAAACAUUAACCAUGGCCGAAGAAAAUAAGCAAUUGACCGCAGUUGUCCAAGGCAACAGCCUAUUCACCAGAAAUCUCUACCAAAUUCUGGCCAAAGAAAAGCAAAAGAACAUCUUCUUUUCGCCCAUCAGUAUUCACGCAGUGCUAGCGAUGGCUUCGCAAGGUUCCGGCGGAAAGACCCAAAAGGCCUUCACCGAUGCGCUCCAGGUGCCCAGUAUAUCCACCUUAGCCCAAGGCUACCAAGACGCCAUGACGAAAUUGAACUCCGUGCAAGACGUAACCCUACACAUGGCCAACAAGAUCUACCUAAAAGAAAGCUACUCUCUGAAGGAUGCCUUCAGGAAAACCGUAUCCGAUAACUUCUUCUCCGAAGUCCAGAGCAUCAACUUCGAAGAGAACGCAGCCGCUGCGAAGACCAUCAACACCUGGGUGGAGGACAAGACGAAUAACAAAAUCCAAGACCUCAUUAAGCCGGACGAUGUGGACAAGACCACCCGUUUGGUGCUGGUCAAUGCGAUCUACUUCAAAGGAAAAUGGGCCGAACCGUUCAAACCGAGCGAAACGCAAACCGAAAAAUUCUACCUCAAUGAUAACGAUACCAUCGACGUCAGUAUGAUGCACAUUAAGAAGAAAUUCUUUUACAAGAACGAUGAAAGUCUCGACGCUAAAGUAUUGGAGCUACCUUACACUAAUAAGGAUUUAAGUAUGAUUGUAAUACUGCCUAAUAAGCGAAAUGGUAUUGAUGAAUUAGAGGCCAAAUUGGCGAACUACGAUUUAAGUAACAUUACUGCAGACAUGUACAAACCUGAAGUCAUUGUAGCGCUGCCUAAGUUCAAAAUUGAAGCCACAAUUCAACUAAACGAUCCGCUUACGGAGCUUGGCUUGGGUGAAAUUUUCUCCGAUUCUGCCGAUUUCUCCGGAAUGCUAAAUAGUCCCGAGGAAUUGAAAGUCAGUAAGGUCAUUCAAAAGGCUUUCAUUGAAGUUAACGAAGAGGGCGCUGAAGCAGCUGCAGCUACUGGAUUAAAAGUGAUAAUGAAGCGUUCACUGGACAUUUCACCUAUAGAAGAGUUUAAAUGCGAUCGCCCGUUUUUCGUUAUUUUUAUUUUCAGACACCAACCGAUUUCGAAUGUUCUUUUUAAAGGAAAAAUUUUUCAUCCGGGACUCGCAGAGCUCGUUAAAACUCACGAUGAGUUAUAA